AUGGCGCCAGCGGUACGGCAGAUGCGCGAUAGGGACGUGACCGCGCUGCGACGCCGCCCCGAGAGGCCCCGCUCGCUCAGGGACCAGUGUUGCGCGUUCACCGCUAGCAGGCCCUGUCGCGUCACGAUAUCAUCUCUGCCGGCAGCGACGCCCGGAAUGCCAAGGAGCCACACGUCCUCCUCACUUGCUACUCUUCGCGACGCUCUCUCCUACUUCGCGCUUCGGCGAUCGCUGCGUUGGAUCACUCGACUGAGUGCGAUGGCAUUU